AUGCAGCUCUUUGGAAUGAAUCAAGAGGGAUCUCUUGACGAUUCCAACGGAUCUCACGAUGGCAUACCCGCGAGUCCGCAUGAACAUGUUUCAGGCCUCCUGGCCGACGGUAUUGAUGGAGAUUUGGUUAUUCACAGGGUGGACUCGGCUCAGGUCGUCUACAGGAGGCAGUACCCGUACAAUAUCGUCAAAUUUAUUGGCGGCAAAUAUUUAAUGGGCAGUGUUUUGGGGGAGGGAUCAUAUGGUAAAGUGAAAGAGCUUUUAGAUAUAGAAUCCUUAUGUCGGAGAGCGGUAAAAAUCUUGAAAACACGGAAACUGCGAAGAAUCCCAAACGGGGAGCAAAAUGUUCGAAGAGAGAUUCAGCUGCUGAAGAGGCUGCAACACCGGAAUAUCAUCCAGCUGAUUGAUGUGGUGGUGAAUGAUGAAAAACUGAAAAUGUACAUAGUGAUGGAGUACUGUGCAUGUGAGCUGCAGGAAAUGCUGGAAAGUGUGUCUGAGAAAAAGUUCCCCAUUUGGCAAGCUCAUGGGUAUUUCUGUCAGUUGGUAGAUGGCCUGGAGUAUCUACACAGCCAUGGCAUCAUCCACAAGGACAUUAAACCUGGCAACUUGCUGGUCACAAACGAUGAGACUCUGAAGAUUACAGAUUUUGGUGUAGCUGAGGAGCUGAACACGUUUGCCAGAACAGAUGAAUGUCAUGUUAGCCAGGGAACCCCUACUUUCCAGCCACCGGAGAUAGCCAAUGGCCAAAACACCUUUUCUGGCUUCAAAGUGGACAUUUGGUCAAGUGGGGUUACACUAUACAAUAUUACUACUGGAAAAUAUCCUUUUGAGGGAGAAAAUAUCUAUAUUCUCUUUGAGAACAUUGGGAAAGGAGUUUACUCAAUACCUGAGGGAGUUUCUGACUUGUUGGAAGAUUUACUGAGAGGAAUGCUAACUAUUGAGUCCGAAAAGAGAUUCAGCUUGCAGCAAAUACGGCAGCAUCUCUGGUUCAGAAAGCAGCAUCCAAGGAUGCUCGAGCGUGUGAUGAUUCCUCCCCGGUCUGAUGCCCCGAGUGAUCGACUGCGCUCCCUGACAAUUAUCAGGUGCCUUCAUGCCAUGCAUUCUGAUGAGCCCAGUAAUGAAGAAGAGGAUUCAGAGGAAGAAGAGAUUGCCACGAUAGUAGAGUCCCGGAACCGAAUUUAUCACAGGAACAACCCAAUUUCUAGUGAAGCAGGUCAUGCAGAACUGCAGGCAGCACAAAGACAGUCGGCUGAAAUAAUCAAAGAGAGCGAGGAGCACAUGCCGCAAGCAUCAUCUCCAAUACAGAAUGGCAGAUCCAAAAAGAAAGUGAAGAAAAGUAAAUUUUUUAGCUGCAAGACGUCUUGA